AUGUCUACGGCUAAUUGGAAGCCUUUUGUUUUCGGCGGGCUGGCCUCAGUCACAGCGGAAUGCGGUACAUUCCCUAUCGACCUGGCCAAAACGCGGCUACAAGUACAAGGGCAAGUCGGAGACAGUAAAUACAAAGAAAUCCGGUACAGAGGCAUGCUCCAUGCCAUGGCCCGGAUUGGGAGAGAGGAGGGGCUCUGGGCUCUGUACUCGGGGAUUUCUCCUGCAAUGCUCCGCCAGGCUUCUUACGGCACCAUAAAAAUUGGGACAUACCAGAGCUUCAAACGAAUUUUAGUGGAAAGACCUGAAGAUGAGACCUUGCUGACAAAUGUAGUGUGUGGCAUUCUCUCAGGAGUGAUAUCUUCCUCUAUUGCCAACCCCACUGAUGUGCUCAAGAUUCGUAUGCAGGCACAAGGAAGAGUGAUCCAGGGCAGUAUGAUGGGCAACUUCAUCAACAUCUAUCAAGAAGAAGGAACAAGAGGACUAUGGAGGGGAGUCUCUCUGACAGCGCAGCGGGCGGCCAUUGUGGUGGGGGUCGAACUGCCAGUGUAUGACAUCACCAAAAAACAUUUGAUCUUGUCUGGUCACAUGGGAGACACAGUCUACACUCACUUUGUGUCAAGUUUUGCAUGUGGUCUGGCUGGGGCACUGGCCUCUAACCCAGUGGACGUGGUGCGAACACGAAUGAUGAACCAGAAAGGAGCAGCGCUGUAUAAGGGCACAGGGGACUGUCUCUUACAGACAUGGCGCUCUGAAGGCUUUAUGGCCCUCUAUAAGGGGUUCUUUCCAAACUGGCUACGACUGGGACCCUGGAAUAUCAUUUUCUUCCUCACCUACGAACAGCUCAAGAAGAUUGACGUGUGA